ACAGGAAAUAGUUUUAAAAAAACAAGGAAAAGCAAAAGUUCCUCAGAAGAAACCGAAUCUGACGACUCUUCAAGUUCGUCAUCAGAACAAGAAUUAGAAUCUUUGCGACAUAAAGCUUUGAAGACAAUCCACACUACUGCAAUUGAUCAAGUCAGGUAUGAAGAUUUGAGGAAAGACAUCCGCAUCCAGUCAAAUCCAGAAAUUCAGACGGAGUGGUCGACUUUUGCUAAUAAAUUGGUGGUUACCCACAAUUUUUCUAAGUCUGUUAUUGGGAACCAGAAUUUAUUGAAAAAUAAAAAACAAUUAAAAUAA